AUGAACCACCUGGAUUCUGGCAUUCUCUUCGCAGACGGUGCAGGCCCCCAGUCAACUAUGGAGAACGACCUCUGGGUGGCCUGGUCUUCCCAGCUAUGGAUAGAGGGCCGUUUCCAGCGUCCAAGCAAUGACCCCAGCAGCCCUCAGAACGCCCUGGCGGCAUUCAACCACCAACGAAGCGUUGACCCCACGCAGGAUCCCGUUCCGAUAACGCUGCUCGCCUUGCCCGUUUCGUACGCCACCAGACGAGCAAUCUAA